CGGCAGGUUUCUACAAGUCCAGGUCGCCUGAGGCCGGAUGCUCCAAGUGUCCUCCACACAGCUACUCGCUCCGAGAAGGCUCCGCCGUCUGCGACUGCCACUCCGGCUUCUUCCGGGCUGACGGUGACCCUCCCUUCAUGGCCUGUUCCCAGCCUCCAUCAGCUCCACAGCAGUUGAUUUCGGUGGUGAACGAGACCUCGGUGGUUCUGGAGUGGGGCCCCCCUCGCCGACUAGGAGGCCGGAGCGACAUCAGCUACAACCUGGAGUGCCUGGUCUGUCAAAGCGCCAACCACGCUCAGACGGGCGCCAAAGGCCUCCCUCGGAACCACAGCGCCACCCAGCCUGACUCUCAGCACCUUGGCCGGGGCAUGCAGUCGGACCAGGGGAUCGUGGGACCGGAAGUCCAGUCCGGCAGAGGAGUCUAUCAGAGAGAGUCCACCAGGCGGGUUCCGGGCUCCCAGCUGUGCCAGCCUUGCAGCUCCGACAUGCUGUUCUCUCCGGGCCGGACCGGCUUGAGGGGUACUCGGGUGGUGGUGAGCGAGCUGAGGGCCCACACCCACUACACCUUCCUGGUGCAAGCACUCAACGGGGUCUCCCAGGUUGCCACUGAAGGGGCCGGCCAGAGUGUUUCUGUCUCUGUGACCACCAAUCAAGCAGCUCCGUCUCCGGUGUCGGCCGUCCAAGUCACCGACGUCACCAGGCACACUCUGUCGUUGUCAUGGCAACAGCCCGACCAACCCAACGGGGUCAUCCUGGAAUAUGAGGUCAAGUUCUACGAGAAGGACCAGAAGGAGCGGUCCUACCGCAUCAUGAGGACCGCCUCUCGCGGCGUGGACGUGGCGGGCCUCAACCCGCUCACCGUGUACGUGUUUCACGUGCGCGCUCGCACCGCUGCCGGGUACGGAGAGUUCAGCGACCCUUUUGAAUUUUCCACCAAUUCAGAUCCUUUCCCUCUGAUUGGAGAAGGAGUCAACUCUGCCUUCCUGCUGCUGUCUGUCAGCGGCCUUGGAAUUCUGCUGCUCGUGUCUGCAGCCGUCUUCAUCAUUACCCGCAGGAGGAGCAAGUACAGUAAAACCAAGCAGGACUCGGAGGAAGAGAAGCAUCUUAAUCCAGGAGUGAAGAUCUACGUGGACCCCUUCACCUACGAGGAUCCUGACCAGGCCAUCCACGAGUUCGCCAAGGAGAUUGACGUCAGCUGCAUCCACAUCGAGAGAGUUAUCGGCAUGGGAGAGUUCGGGGAGGUGUGCAGCGGGCGGUUACGCGUGCAAGGAAGGCGAGAGGUGUACGUGGCCAUCAAAAGUCUGAAGGCGGGGUUCUCGGACAAACAGAGGCGGGACUUCCUGUCUGAGGCCUCCAUCAUGGGGCAAUUUGACCACCCCAACAUCAUCAGACUGGAGGGUGUGGUCACCAGAUGUAAACCACUCAUGAUAAUCACAGAAUACAUGGAAAACGGAUCUUUGGACGCGUUUCUUCGGAAACACGACGGGCAGUUCACCGUCAUCCAGCUGGUGGGCAUGCUGCGCGGCAUCGCCUCGGGCAUGAAGUACCUGUCGGACAUGAGCUACGUCCACAGAGACCUGGCCGCACGCAACAUCCUGGUCAACAGCAACCUGGUGUGCAAGGUGUCGGACUUUGGCCUCAGUCGGGUUCUGGAGGACGACCCCGAGGCUGCGUAUACAACCAGGGAGGCCAUUGGGACCUACCUUUCUCCAGGAGGAAAGAUUCCUAUCAGGUGGACGGCUCCAGAGGCCAUCGCCUACAGGAAGUUCACCACCGCCAGCGACGUGUGGAGCUACGGCAUCGUCAUGUGGGAGGUCAUCUCCUACGGCGAGAGGCCCUACUGGGACAUGAACAACCAGGAUGUGAUAAAAGCCAUAGAGGAGGGCUACCGCCUGCCCGCGCCCAUGGACUGUCCCGUGGUCCUGCACCAGCUCAUGUUGGACUGCUGGGAGCGAGAUCGCGCAGAGAGACCCACUUUCAGCCAGAUCCUCAACAUGCUGGACAAACUCAUCCGCAACCCGGGGACUCUGCGCAGGACCGGAGGGGAAAGUGUGUUGUCGUUUUGUGUUGAAAGACCCACCGUGUUGGCGUCUGGGGUGUGUCCGGAGGUGUGUGUGUCGGUGCUACCAGAGAUGUGUGUGUCCAAGUGGUCGCUGUGUGACUGGCUGCAGUCCAUGGGUCUGGAGAGGUACACCGAGAUCCUGGGGGCCGCAGGGUACUCCAGUCUGGACAGCCUGCUGGCACUCACACACCAGUAA